CUUGGUUAUGUUUUUCAGUAUCGGGUGGAGUCUAUAUCCCGUCGCAUCUCUGCGGGCUUGGAGGAGGCUGUCAUUUUUAAUUUUUUUCACAUUAGUUUGACUGUUUCCGACUGCAAAGACAUUGAAAUAUCCCUUAAAGAUGACAACGACAACCACGUUUCAAGGAAUGGACCCUGGUGCUAAAAGCAGUUCCAGGGUACUUCGGCCGCCAGGUGGGGACUCUAGCUUCUCCUUUGGCACAGAUGAAAACACAACCCCUCAGCGCAAGAACAAGAUGGCCUCUAGCAUCUUUGCAGAACCUGAUGACCCCCACGCCCAUCGGAGGAACAAUCCCCCCACUGGUGCACCCACUGGAACCCUGUGUGGGGAGCCGUCAGCCCCACUGAGGCGUUGCCAGCAGCCUCUCCUCUUCCCCAAGAACUCCCAGCCGGAGCUGACCACCAUCCACAACUCUGGGGCCGCCAUGGUCUGGAACCAGAGACAAGAGGUUGAGAACGGGGACGAACAACCCAACGAUGCAGAAUACCCUGACAACGGGGAGGGGGAGCAGGAGGAGCAAGAGCAGAGGGAAACAUCACAGCCUCCUGCCCCGUCAGGAGGGGCCUCCGCUUCUGCAGGCGGCAGAAAAAACCCUCCUGGUGGCAAGUCCAGCCUCAUCCUGGGUUGAAACCCCUCCUUUUUUUCUCUCUCUCAUUUUUUUCAUUCAAACGCUUUUAUAUUUUUUGAAGAUACAAACCCCCACCACUCUCUUCCUCAUCAUUCAACGUCUCACCACCUCCCCUCCUUCACCACUCAUGCUGUCACGUCCACAGGACCUCGUGUCCUCUUUCCACCCUCAAACCUUUUGUUUUGAUCCCUUUUUUAUUAGAAGAAGAAAACUGUUGACAAAAGCACUUUAUGUAUCUCCCACACCCCCUCCAUUUCAGUCCAUCCUGUAGUGCAUUGCGCCUGCUGGGAAAGGCAAGACAUUUAGCUUGUCCCUCAUUCUCCCCUGUUGUAAAUGGUAAAAGAAAAAAAAUAAAGAUUUGAUGCGUGGAUUUCUAAAUACAAUAAAGAUUCAUAUGAA